AGUUCUUCUCUUCCGACUUCUCGCAGCGAAUCUGUGCAGCGAAUCUGCGCCGAACGCGACAUCUCGCCAUGGCAUACGUGCCGGGGAGCUUGGUGGAGAUCCAGAACCUGCCGGGGAAGGCGGAGCCUGUGCCCAGCGCCCUGCUGCAAGGGGUGCAGGCCGUGGACCUGAACGGCACCUCCGCGCAGCUGGUCCACUUCGACCGCCAGCUGCAGAAGUGGAUCGCCGCCACCUUCAGCGGCCGCACCAUCGCCAUCGAGGAGAAGCAUCUCAAGCCAGUGACCUCUGAGGCGGUGAGGAAGUACGACUUCGUGCUUGGGCCCAAGUCGGACUAUGAGAUUUCGGGGCAGGAGAUCACGCGGGCCUUGGCGCUGAAGGGCUACGCGCUGGUGAAGCUCAUCGUGGCGGAGGAGGACGCCAUGGCCAUGCUGGACGUGGCCAAGCGCCUGGAGGAGGACCAGCAGUUCAGCAGAUUGGCCGUGGAGUUCGAGCGGGGUUACCUGGGAGAUGACGGCAACGCCAAGACCCUGCACGUAGGAUUGGACGCCUCGGACACGCCGGACUUCAUCAAGCAGUCGCCCCUGAAGACGAUGGACAACAACUUCGGCCAGCUCUGCAGCAUGUUGGGCAAGUACUCCGAGGAGCACCUGGGCUUUGAGGUCUACAGCCGCACGGAGAUGUUGAUGCGGAUGCCACUGGAAGACGGGGAGGAGGACCGCUUCCCCCCGGCCGACAUCGAUGACGGGGAUGCGGAAGGCUUUAUGCACCUGAUGUACCGGCGCCGGCUCACGGUGCUCCAAUUCGUCGGGCCCAGCUCUGGGAGUCUCAAGCUGCUGCCGCUGAAGGAGAACGAUGAGGAGAUCGAGCUGGAGGCGGAGCCCAACACCAUGCUGGUGAUGCUGAACAGCCGCUGGGAGUACGGCUACUCCCCCAAGGGCCAGGCCUUGGCCCUGCAGAGCUUCAUGCUCACCGAGCCGGCCAUCUACUGCCUGGAGGACGAGAUCCAGGGGAACCUGGAGAACCUCACUGGCUCCUCCACUGGUCCUCCGCCGCCCCCGGGGGAGCAGGUGACCAUCGAAGCCAUGUACUGCCGCUACGGCAUGAUGUCCGACGGCCGCGCCCAGUUCUACCAGGGGGCGAAAGCCUCCACGGACGGGCUCACGGAGAUCCCGGUGUCGCGCUGGGACCACGGGCCCUACUUCGACCCCGAGUCCCAGGCAGGCGGCGCCUACACCAGGCACGGGUGCUUCGGCAUCGAGGGCGUGGACCUCUUCGACUGCAAGUUCUUCGAGGUGUCGCCCAUGGAGGCCAAGGGCAUGGACCCCUGCCAGCGCCAGGUCCUGGAGGUGUCGUACAUGGCCCUGCUGGAGGGCGGCUACGACAAGAGGACCCUGUCCCGGGAGUCGCAGCACAUUGGGCACUUCGUGGGCAUCGACAAGGAUGACUGGAUGUGCAUGAGCGCCGCGGGCAUGCUGGACCUGGGCGGGGCCCACGGGGCGGCGGCGGCGGCGAACGCCAUCACCUCCAACCGCUUCUCCUACUCCUUGAACCUCAAGGGAGCCAGCAUGACCAUCGAUACCGCCUGCUCAUCGUCCCUGGUGUGCACUCACGUGUCCAAGCUCCACCUGCGGUUCAAGGAUUAUGAGCCUAUGCCGGCCAGUGUGGUGAACGGCUUGAAUCUCAUGCUGUACCCUGGCCCCUUCGUGGGCUGCUGCGCUGCGGGCAUGCUCAGCCACGAGGGCAGGUGCUUCACGUUCAACUCCACAGCCGACGGCUACGCCCGUGGCGAGCUGUGCGGGGCGCUGUGCUUCAAGCUGAAGCAGUUCGAUCCGCAGAGCGGCUCCAUUUGUUGUCUGGCCGGCAGCCAGUCCAACCAGGAUGGGCGCAGCGCGAGUUUGACGGCGCCCAAUGGCCCGGCGCAGGAGAAGUGCAUCAAGGCGGUGCUGCGGGAAUGCAAGCUCACCCCCACGGAGGUGGAUUGUAUCGAGUGCCACGGCACCGGCACGCCGGGAGACUCGGGUCUCCCAGUCGAGCCGAGAAGAGACCAGCCCCCAAAAAAUAGUAAAAGGAGAAUUCAAAGAAUUAUUCUUUCUACUAUUUUUUCUCCAACAGCAACACAACAAACAGAAAACAAUAUCCAGAACAACAAGCAAACAAAAUAA